AUGGAUUUUUUACUACCAAAGAUUUCAAAAAUACUUACUGCAUCUGAUGGUGUUAAAUGUCUUUUAUUUGAUACUUUUACUAAAUCUUCUAUUAGUUCAUUAAUUCCACAUUCACAUUUCCUUAAUAAUGAUUAUUUUUUAUUUGAUGAUAUUCAAAAUACAAGAAAAAAAGUAAAUAUUAAUUGUGUUUGUGUAUUAAGUAUUAGCAGCAUUAAAAAUCUCAUUCAAGAAAUUUCUAAUCCUUCAUAUAGAACUUAUACUGUAUUAUUUACAACUACUAUUGACCCUUAUCUUCUAAAUUUACUGGCUAAAAAUGAUAUCUAUGGGGUUAUAAGAGAAAUUCAUGAAAUAUAUAUGGAUUUUUGUAAGCAAGAUUCUUAUUUAUUUACACUUAAUAAUAUUAAUAAUUUUAUUUAUUCUUUAGGUAGCAAGCCUACCUUUUAUCAUUACAAACAGAAUUAUGAAGAUGUAGUUAAGGAUCCUUUUAUUGACCUAAAUUCUGAAGGUGGGCGUGUUUUUGUUAUAAACCGUUCAUAUGAUAAUAUUACACCUUUAAUUAUAGAUUGGCAUUAUCAAGCUAUGAUAAAAAAGUAUUGUAAUUAUAAUGAUGGUCUUGUUAAAAUUUAUGAUAAUACUUAUUGUAUGGAUGAUGAUUUUUUCCAGAAUAAUAAAUUUAAGAAUAUUAGUGAAGUUUCUACUAAUAUUGAAUUAAUGGUAAAAGAACUUGACAAAAAAAAAAGAAUAAAAAAGAUAAAUAUUAAAGAAAUAGAAGAAAUAAAUAAACUUGGUGAUAUUGUUAAAAAACAUAUGGAUAUAUAUAAUUGCAUUAUAAAUAAUCUUGAGGAAAAGAAACAGCUCAGUGAAAAUGAAAAUCUUAUGCUUAAGAAGUUUAAAAAAGGUGAGCUUAGCUUUAAUAAUUUUAAUGAGAAUAUAAAAGAUCUUAAUAAGUGUGUUAACAUUAAUUUACUAAACAUUCUUAAAAGUACAGAUAAAAAACUUAAAUUUGAUUUUAAAAAACAGGAAGACAUUAAAUUAGCAUAUGUGCCACCGAUUUGUAAAAUUGCUAAGGAUAUUUUAAAGGGUAAAAUGGAUGAUUGGAUUUGUUUGGAUGAAAGAUUUAAUAAAAGCAAAUAUACAGUUUUUUACUUUAAGGGUGGUGUUACUUACACAGAAUAUAGACAUAUUAUGAUUUAUUUUAAAGAACAUAAAAACGUGUAUGUUGUUAGUGAAAGUAUUACAAGUUAA